CAUCUAAAAACGCUUCAAAAAAAUAUCUGCAAUCAAAGCGUGGUACUUUAUCGAAGAAUGAGUGAGAUGAAAACGUUUUAAAAAAGGAGAAUAUAGAUGAGGUAAGUGUUUAUGUUUACCAAGUUUUCUUAUAAGAAAUGUAAUGCACGUAGUUACCGAUACUUAACUGAUGUGACUAUAUGUGUUCACUUGAAGAUAUUGGACAAGAAAGAAACUUUGGAGUUCAAGGUAAGUGUUCACCAGCUUUUCAAUUUAAGAAAACAAGAAAUAUAACGUCGUCAACUGCGUAUAAUCAACUCAUUGUCGUCUCGCACUUGGGUCCAUCGAUAAUGUUGUCGCCGUGGGCACUAUAUUUGAAUCUGGGAGGAAGGAUGGAAACGUGAAAGUGUCCAUAGACGUGGUUGUUGAUGACGACUCUCGACUUCCAAUUCCGAUGCAUGGAGGAAAUGAUAUUCUCUCGCAAGAAAUAGGUUCACAUAUAUUAUUGCCACAAAGUCUUGUCAUAUACGAUAAUGAGAAGGAAAUAAAACAUUCGAGGGAGCUGUUCAGUUUGGCAAGUGGAAAAUCUCCAACACAACCUGCGCCCGUUAGUCAAACAUGUUUAACUCGUGAGAUAAACUACAUUGGAAGGGCAAUUCAAAUGAUUAUAUCCAAGGAUGUGUUCGGUCAUGAAUAUAAGUUGUUUAUCAUGGUGGAGGAUGUACAGAAGUUGUUUCAUAUGGAACCGACAACUACUCCGUGCAUUGAUGCCUACAUGACGUUCUUACAUAGAUCGUUGGGCAAUGAAAAUGAAUUAAGCCCGUACAAGUUUCUAGAUGUUGGGGCCAUUUCCAUAACUAAUCUGUCUAAAGAAAAUCGCGUGCAAGUAUUUGAAGGGAUGUGAUUCCCAAAGCAGAAGCAGAUCUUCGUUGCUGAUUUUCGGGAUACAAAAUUGAAUUUCAAAGAAGGAAAAUGCAGGGGAAACCAAAUACCUUUGAAUAACUUUUCUUCUACGGUUUCCCACGAACAACACCGCUACGUCUUCCUCGCUAUCCUCUUGGGUCUCGGGAUCGUGCUUGUGGUAGCACCUUGAUCGAAGACAGGGAGAGAUUGAGAGAAUUUUGAGAGAAAAAUGAUGGGAGUUUUUUUCUUUUCUGUUCUGUAAAAACCCCUCUUCCCAUUCUCCAACACUUGAAGAAGAAGAAGGGUGACGUGGGGUAA